GCUUCAAAGAUAAAAGAGAAAAUAGAUCGCUUUCGAAUCCUCAUCAUAGGAAGAGCGAAUGCAGGAAAAACGACCAUCCUAAAGAGGGUGUGUAAUACACAAGACAGCCCAGAAAUAUAUAACCGCUAUGGGAGAAAGAUCGAUGUCGCUGUUUUGACGGCAUCGAGACAGCGUGGAGAGCACAAUAUCGAGAACGAAAUGGUGUUCCGCAACAACCCAGGAUUCAUUUUUCAUGAUUCACGCGGUUUUGAAGCAGGCGGCGAAUCUGAGUACAACAAGGUGAAUGCAUUUAUUGCAGGCCGGUCGAAGAAAGGAGAUUUAAAGGAUCGAAUUCAUAUGAUAUGGUAUUGCAUACCAAUGGAUGAGGAAAGUAGGUGUUUCACCGAAGGUGAACUCAAAUUUUUCUCUCACUGUGACACCGGGAGCAUUCCAGUGAUCGUAUUAUUCACCAAAUUCGAUGCCCUAUAUGACGUUGAAUUCGCACGACUGAUGGAGAAUGGAGCAUCAAGGGAAGAUGCUAGGAGGCUGGCCCCGAAGCAUGCUGAGGAGACAUUCGCGAAUGGGCCUCAAUUGAAGUUUCUAUACCACUCCAAGGACAUCCUACACCCUCCAAAAUGUCACAUAUGCCUCCCUGACAUGGACAAGGAUGAUGCUGAUUGCGGACUACUCAUCGAACGGACCGCUGGAACUCUGGACAAUGAAGCGCUGAAGGAGUUAUUUGUCUCGACUCAGCAGACCAACAUGGAGCUCUGCAUGAAAUAUGCGGUUGAAGUCACACUUGCAAAACUUGUUGCCUCUGAUGAGAAAAUCUCACCCCAAGACACAAUAGCGAGAUUGGGUUCCUGGUUUCCACAUAUUCGGGUAAGAUUAUGGCAAUGUUUGAAAGUUGCUCUCAUUUAUGUUGGACAUUUCCUUGCAGGCAGU